AGACUGAACGCAAACACAAGAGAACAAACUUCACUUGAAACCAGCUCUGUCUUUUAUCUCCUGCCUGAACCUGUGCUACCAUGGACAAAUCCAUCUGCACAUUAGUACUGCUAUUAUCCCUGCUAUCCAUUCACACUCUGUGUGUGUACGCCGAGGGUUUUGCACUGGGCCCCAUUGAACUUGCUCCCAUUCCUUGUAAUGACAAAGCAGUGGAGAAGCUGUCUCGUCUGGCGGCCACUUACAUCAAUGAGGAUCGCACCGAUGGCUAUAAGUUUGCCCUCAACCGCAUUGCAAAUGUCCACCUGCACGCUCAGGGCCCAGCAGGCAAUGUGUAUUACCUGGAUCUGGAUGUCCUGGAGACCAAGUGUCACAUAGGCAGCCCAAAACCAUGGAAACGCUGUGAUGUCAGACCGUUCAUGGAAACACAAAUUUCUGGCAACUGUAACACCACUAUUCUCCACACACCAGAGGGAUACUCCUACCUGUACAGCUACGACUGCACUCUUGUCCCAGAUCCCCCAGAGAAGCUCCAGCAGACCUGUCCAACCUGCCCCCUCCUGCUACCUGUAGAAAGCCAACAGGCCGUGACCGCUGCUCAGGUCACUCUGGCGUCCUAUAAGAGACAGUCCACGCUGGGUGCAGGGCUCGGAGUGAAGAAGAUCACUAGAGCUGCAGCGCAGGUUGUACCAGUGAAAGCCAGCUUUGUGGAGUACACAGUCCAAGAGUGUCCAGAGGGUGUGACAGAAAGAGGCACCUGCCAACGACUGACACUCGAAUCUGACACAGAGACUGCAGGUUUCUGUGCGGGAUCUGUGCAUGGAGACUUGAACGUCCAUCCUGAUGUUCAGGUGUCCUGUGAGAUGUUCAAAGUACAGAAUGUGGACAUCCUCAGACCAGUGAGGCCUCAAGGUCACGACCUCCCCCAAGACCCUGCGAUCCCAACCUUCCCGCCUCUGAUCGAUGACCCAAGAAACGAUCCGCAGCCUGUUCCCUCUGACCCCACACUACCUCCUGCUGUUCAACCAGCGCCAUUUGACCCAACGCCCAUUCACCUUGUGCCCUUUGACCCCUCUGUUGUGGUUAACCCCUCUAACCCCCUCGCCUCAUCUUCCAGUGAGUCUGCUGAAGAUCUAGUAAACCAGCAACGGCAACCAGCAGUCGCUGGUCCUUUUGAUUCAUCCUCUGAAGAGAUAGGAGGCCCUGUGGCACUGCGACCACCCUUUAACUUCCGCUACCAGAGGCGUGACCGCAAGAAACGGCAGGCCUUGAUGGAGACCUCACCCUCUCACAACCCCAUCUUCCUGUCUGAUUUCCCCAGUGGGCCCUCUCCUUUCCGCUCCUGUCCUGGUCCUUCUCGAUACACCACAGUUUAACUGGUGCUGCUCAGGAGUCCAUUUGUUCAUGUUUGAUUUACCCAGAGGGGGUUGACCGAUAAACUGCUCUGCUCGCUGUCACUGGAGGCUUGUAAUAAUUUGUGCUAAUGAGAGGAAUGUUAUCUCUUCUCACCGGCCCUGAAAUUACCUCUCUGCUGCUCCUGUAAUGCUGCUCCCAAAGCAGCCAAAGCUUAAACCAAAUGUAUCUGAAAACAGCUUCAAAUAUUUGAACAAUUUGAAUAAAUCUUGGUUUGAAUCCCCUGUCAA